GGGCUCAUGAUAGCCUGUCGGAGUGGCAGCGAUUAUCAGACAGCAGUAGCUGCUGUGAAGCCGGCACCGCAACAGCAGCAACCGCAGCAACCACAGCAACAGCAGCAACCGCAGCAACCACAGCAACAGCAGCAACCGCAGCAACCACAGCAACAGCAGCAACCGCAGCAACCACAGCAACAGCAGCAACCGCAGCAACCACAGCAACCACAGCAACAGCAGCAACCGCAGCAACGAAAGCAGCAGCAGCAGCAGCAGCAGCACUUGCUCUUCAGUUCUCCGCACUCCGGGGGUUCUUCCACCUUCACCGGCGACAGCAGGCAGCGGCCCUCCGCUCCCUCUGCACUCACUCUUGAUGGUCCAGAUCAUUCAAUUUCGCCCUCCUCUGCUCCGCCCAUCCCCUCCCCUGCACGCUCGCCGCCGCCGCAGCAGCAGCAGCCGGAGAAGGAGCCGGGACAGCGACAGCAACCGCAGGAGCAGCAUAAAGAGCAGCAACACCAUCAUCAGCAGGAGCAGCAGCAGCAGCAGCAGCAGCAGCAGCAGCAGCAGCAGCAGCAGCAGCAGCAGCAGCAGCAGCAGCAGGAGGAGGAGGAGGAGGAGGAGGAGGAGGAGGAGGAGGAAGAAGAGGAGGAGGAGGAGGAGGUAAAGGCGGCGAUAGAGCAGCAGUGGCAGGUGUUGGAGCAAGCAAUGCAGCCGCCACAGGUGGUGCAGACGAAGAAGCGGCAGCUCUUCGACGCCGAGCACAAGGCGCUCAG